AGAGAGAGAGAGAGAGAGAGAGAGAGAGAGAGAGAGAGAGAUUGCAGCAAUUGAAAACACCUUCCAUAAUAUGUCACCCACCACAUAAGUAAUAUGCAGCAUCACAAAGUUCACAUGGCUGGGUCCACCCACAACACUCAGCGCUUCUUCAAGGAGCCAAUCACGAAGCGACGUGGUCCACGCAGGAGUAGUAGUGCUUCCCCAGCACGGAUUCACUGUGGUUAAUGUUGGUGCAACAAUGCUCUGCCAGCCAUUCGCCUCCUGAGCCAGGCGGCCUCAGCACAACUUGCAGUACAAAAUUACUGUUGUUUACUGAAAGCGAUUCCUUCUUGAAACUAUCACUACAAUCAAAUCAAGUGUGAUAAUGUUGAAAAUAAUUAUAUACAUUUUACACGUAUAAAUAUGUUGUAUUGAGUUACAGCACUUUCUAUCUGUGUUUAUUCUCUUACUUAUUAGAAAGAUUUCUGUGGAGUUGAUUUUACUGUUAAAAGACUAAUAAUUACAGUGUCAAUAUAUGUGAAUUUCAUGGACAGCACAAACAUUUUGCUACAGCCAGAGUCGAUAAUUUUAUUAAUUUAUUUUUCUAUUCAUUUGUUCAUAUGCAUAGAGCAACUCUCAAGCCAUAAAACUCCGACAACCCUAUGCGAGGCGACUGGCAAAAGCUCAAUCUGGAACUUUCGAGGCAGUAUUUCUUAAACUUGGCAUUGAUCUUCCAAAAUAUGAUUACAUUAUGCGUACUCCUCUGAAGGUCCAGUAACUUUCGUUAGAACUUGUUAAAAGUACUUAAUACCCCCAAUUUUUAAAAGUACUUAAUACCCCUAACUUUUAAAGAUAUGGACCUAUAUCCUUGUGUAAGUACGUAACUUAAAACAUGAUGUUGAUUGUAUCAUCAAGGAAAUCUAGAUGUGCUGACAAACUGCGUUGUUGUACCACAAGAAGAAGUCUACCACUCACAAAGGAAGACUUGGUCAUGCACGUAUCAAUGUAGGCAUGUGCGAAUACUUGCCUCACAAGGUUGAGUACACUGAAAAGCUACGUAUGAAGCCUACUCGUUUAUCUGCAAGAUCUAGUUAAUUCAUGGCCACCUACGUAUACACACACACACACACACACACACACACACACACACACACACACACACACACACACACACACACACACACACACACACACAAAAAAAAAAAAAAUUACAUCGUUGUAGGUUGUACGUAUACAUUUGUAUAUUGACUGUAUAGGCAAACUAGCUAAGGUAUGGCAGUGCAGAAAUCUUUCGCCGUGACGGCAAUAUUAUGUGUCUGUCUUCAGUCUGCCACAACCACACCUCCAGUCUUAGAGAGACUUGAUGAAGGCUGGGUAAAGGAAGCUCUUGACGUAGUGUUGGCAGAAGCGUCAGUGUCUCACUGUUCCUUAAUUUUCAUCAUGGACAAGAAGUCGUCCUAUUUUUAUGAGGCGUUGAGGAUCCGUGUGCCCACAACGAAGACUGGUGGGGAUGUGGUCCUCGAUGUGGCAGAUGACGGAAGUAUUGGUGUCAAUCACACCAUGACCCAAGUAGUGGCUCAGGCUCGUAGGAUGCGGCUGAUGUCCUGGUGUACACUGGUGGUUGUCUUUAGCGACAACCCGACCUUCCUGUCUGUUUUCGCGGAGAUGGUUGAUAAAGGUCGGCUGAUGGUGUGGGAAACGAAACUGUUAGUAAUCACCAGGCUUCCUUUACCGAACCUUCAGGACUUGUUGAAGAAUUACUGGAGCUUCUCCAUGAUGAACACAAUAUUUUUUAAACUCAACUCUUCAUCGGGAGAAAACCGCUGCCAGAUAUAUGGCCACAUGCCAUAUGGACCUACUGGGUCCCAUGUAGUGCAACUGGCAAGUCUGAACUCUGGCCGCGUUUUAGUGAAUCUCAGUGACAGAACACUGUUCCCUGAAAAGUACAAAAAUUUCUACGGUAUGAAAGUUAACCUCACAUGGAUUCCCUUAACACCGUAUUGGAUGGUGAUGAAACGACCAGGACCAAACAGCACGGAAGUAACCAUGUUCAGUGGAAGGGAAUAUUGGAUCAUGGAAAACAUAGCACUGAUCCUCAACUUUUCUCUGAACCCACUCCCAUACAUAGGAUGGGAUCCCGUAAUGAAACGCUUGAGGACUCGUGAAGCUUUCCUUUGGCCUCUUACGCUGCCAAUAUUACCACACAUCCUGGAGCUGUAUGAUUUCAGUUUUUUUCUGGAGCGAUCCACUCUGGCCUUCAGUAUGGCUAAGCCGUCCACCAAACCUAGCUGGGAGAGCCUUUAUCGUCCUCUCCAGAUCGAGGUGUGGGGCCUCGUAUUGGCUUCAGUUGUAACUGUGUAUAUUGCCCUCCUGAUGUUGAAUAGAAGCAGUAAAGACAAGGGACCUAGUGCAUGGCUAGUAAUGAAACAGGUACUCGGGACACUACUUGACGAGGCCAUCCCUGGAGAACUACCACAACGCAGUACCACGAGGGUGGUUUUGACGGCAUGGCUGAUCUUUAGUUUCGUCGUGGGAACAGUUUACCGCGGCAAUCUCACUGCCUCCCUCACAAUACCAAAGUACCCUCCUCGCAUCGAGACGUUCAGCGGACUGGUUGAUGCAAAUACCAAGAUUCUCGUCGUGGAAAACAUGGAUGUGUUCUACGACAACUUCAGGCUGUCUAUAUCUGAAGUGCUGAAAACAAUAGCCGCCAGGAUGGAGAUUGUUCCGAACUAUAUGAAUGGAAUGACACGUUUGCUUACUGAGAACGCAGCCUAUCUCUAUGAACGAUUAUUCUUGGAAGUGAAGAUCGCUCAGGAUUUUACGGACAGUGAACAAGAAACGCCUCUCUACGUUACUCAAGGUAGUCUUUUAGCGGAUUUUACAGCAUUUGUGUUGAUCCGAGAUGCUCCAUUCAAGCCAAACUUUGACUACUGCUUACUCAUGUUUCAUGGGGCUGGAUUGAUAGGGAAGUGGGGAUCGGACGUGAUGGAUGAAAUUCGCAGUGAAAGCAGGAAGAAACAGAGAAAAGAAAAGUCUGUUGAAGUAAAGAAGAUUGAAGGAAAAGUCAAGCCUCUCACUUUCGUGCAUUUGCAGGGCCCGCUCCUCCUUUACCUGGUAUUCGUCAUCGUCUCCUUUGUUGCCUUCCUUUGUGAGACAUUUAUUGGCGUCUGUUUUCAUCAAAUAGCAAAAAAAGUAUAAUGCUCCUUUAUCUUUAUCGCAGCUUUCCAACAUCCACUCUCGGAACGCCA